AGAGUCUUCUAUACACAAAGUUACAAACCAACACACAUUCACCUUUCUUCAUAAAAACUCUCCUUCACCACACCACCACCAGAUCCACCACCAUCAACCACCGCCAUCAUCACCGACACAAAAAAAUGUCAUACAACAACAUCAACCCCAACAACGAACGCGACACAGUCCCAUUAAACCAAACAUCCCAAUCCGACAUAGACGAAAUCGAAAACCUAAUCAACUUCACUCCUUCAUCUCUCCAAUCCACUGUCCUCCCGGCGCGUCCACCUUCACCACCACGCGCCUCCAUCCCCAUCUCUUCAUCACCCUUUAUCCCAUCAAACCUCUCUCAAAACCCACCACCAUCAUCCAAUCACAAACCCACACCUGUCCCCCCACCUUCAUCAACUAAUAAUAAUAAUUCUUAUAAUUCUUCUUCUGGUGGUGGUGGUGGUGGACAGCAGUUGACUGGAUUCGGGUCGGGUCCGAAUACGUUGACUGAACCCGUAUGGGAUACGGUGAAAAGGGAUCUUUCGAGGAUUGUUAGUAAUUUGAAAUUGGUGGUUUUUCCAAACCCGUUUCGUGAAGAUCCGGGAAAAGCGUUGAGAGAUUGGGAUCUGUGGGGUCCGUUUUUCUUUAUUGUUUUCUUGGGUCUUGUUUUAUCUUGGUCUGCUUCUGUUAAAAAGUCUGAAGUUUUUGCUGUUGCCUUUGCAUUACUUGCCACAGGAGCUGUCAUUCUGACAUUAAAUGUCCUGCUUCUGGGUGGCCAUAUAAUCUUCUUCCAGAGCCUCAGCCUAUUGGGUUACUGUCUGUUCCCUCUUGACAUUGGAGCACUAAUAUGCAUGUUGAAGGACAAUGUCAUUUUAAAGAUUGUGGUGGUGUGUGUGACGUUGGCAUGGAGCUCUUGGGCUGCGUAUCCGUUCAUAAGCAUGGCUGUUAAUCCAAGAAGAAAAGCUCUUGCCCUCUACCCUGUCCUACUGAUGUAUGUAUCUGUUGGUUUCCUUAUCAUUGCCAUCGAUUAGUAGCCAUAAAAUUGAAACCUUGUUAUACAAAAUUCUUUUAUGACCUGAUGAAUGUUUGAUCAAGUUCUGAUAUACGUUGUAUUUUGAUGUGGGUUAGCUUUCUCUGGCACGGCCCCGAACUUAGAUUCUAGUUGGAGGUUUUAUCUAUAGGGAACAAGAUCUUUUCUAUCUGUGUUAUAUGUAAGAAAGUUUUGGAUGAGCAGUAGUGAUCAUGUUUAUUAA